GCCUUAUGAAUUUUUUCAUUGUCUCCAACCAAACUUACAGUCAAUGGCUGCAAGUGUUUAUUCUAUCACUAGGAUGUAAACGAGAAUUUUAGUAGUGUUUUCAACUGUUGGCUAUAAACUAAUGAUCAAGUGGGAUUGAGAUCGUGUACUAGUGAUCCACUUUCACUGCCGGACAGUAUCUGAUCUGAACUUACCAGAAGAUGGUGGAACUGUUACAUGCUAGAGUGGUGAUUAUAGGAUUAAUCCUGGUCCAGUGUCUCUCUGUAUCACUGGGUGCUGUGGACAAGGACCUGCUGGAGACCUGCUGUUUGAAGGGAACACAGUAUGCCACAGACUCGGACACAUGUGAGGGGUACUCCACGACUGUUCCCGGGGUGGGGGUCGGGGACCAGUUCAGCUGUCUUUCCAUCCUUAAGGUCUGCUGCAUGAAGCAGAAGCAGAGAGACCAGUGUCAGAGCGGCAAGACAGACGCCCAGAACUUUGGCCGCUGUGCCAUCAGAGAUGACAUGUUCGGAGCAGAGCAAUAUAAGGAGUGCUGUAACUGUUGUCAGCUGGGAUUGACUACUAGGACUAUGAGAGGAGACUGCUCACUGUUACAGAGGGAGAACUUUGGGGGGCCGUGUGACGCCACCUUCAGCGAGUGUUGUCUGGGGUCAGCAUCACUCAACAGCACCACGCCGGUGAAUGACAUUGAUGAGUGUGCCAUCCACCGCGGACACAUCUGUGGACAGAUCUGUGUGAACACGAUCGGUAGUUAUCGCUGCGAGUGUAACCCAGGGUUUACCUUACACAGCGAUGGAAGCACCUGCAUUGAAGAUGAACCUGAUAGAUGUGAGAGCUACAACCCCUGUCAACAGCGAUGUGUUGAAGAUGAAAAUGGCAUCAGCUGUGCCUGUAACCAAGGUUAUGCACUGCAAGCAGAUGGCAUCAACUGUCAAGAUAUUGAUGAGUGCGCAUCGGGAUCAGCAAACUGCCCCCAGGGUCAGGGAUGCUAUAACCAGGAGGGGUCGUAUCGGUGUCGAGCCUGUCCCCCGGGGUCAGAGGUUGACCCGGCCACAAGGGUUUGUCGAACGGUCCCCCAGUGUACCCGUGGGUUCUCCUAUAACACAGCCACAGGCUCAUGUCAAGAUACGGAUGAGUGUGCAGCUGAUUUGGACACCUGUACGGAGAGACAGCGCUGUGAGAACACGGUCGGAUCCUUCGUUUGUCGCAGGAUCCUUGGAUGUGGGACGGGAUACUCCAUGGUAGAAGAGACUCAAACUUGUAGAGAUAUUGAUGAGUGUGCCCUGGGGACUCAUAACUGUCCCAAUGGCUAUGAGUGUCUGAACAUUGAGGGCUCAUUCAGGUGUAGACAGCCCGCCUGUCAGCGAGGGACUCGGUUCUCAGGGGCCACCGGGCGGUGUGAGCCCAUCAAUUGUCCCCGGGGGAGGGAGGCGGACUCACUAGGAAUGUGUGUGGAUAUAGACGAAUGUAAACAGUCAGGGGUCUGUCUCCCCACGGAGCGCUGUAUCAACACCUACGGUUCGUACCGCUGUAUCCGUGACACUUCCUGUCCCGUGGGUCACCAGGUCAACCCCCUCACCAAGGCCUGUGAAGACAUUGAUGAGUGCGCUCGAGGUGUACACACCUGUGAGAGUGACCAGGAGUGUGUUAACACGGCAGGGAGCUUUGGAUGUACCUGUGGGGCGGGGUACCGUCGAGACUCCCAGGGCAACUGUGAAGAUAUCAAUGAGUGCUCUUAUGGCAACAUUUGUCCUUAUAAUGGAGUCUGUGAAAAUACACCAGGAAGUUACAAAUGUAACUGUAAUGCUGGCACUGAACAAAAGGGGAGCUCCUGUGUAGAUAUUGAUGAGUGUAAGGAUAGGAACCGAUGUGAACACAGCUGUGUGAAUGUGGUGGGAUCCUACGAAUGUACCUGUAGACCAGGCUACCAGCUUAACCCAGAUAAACGCACCUGUUCAGACAUUGAUGAGUGUCAGUCCUACUCCCUGCGAGGCCGAGUGUGUGGAGGGGCCUGUAUCAACACCCCAGGCUCCUAUAUGUGUACCUGUCCCAACGGAUGGAGGACACUUGGAGGGGGGAGGUCGUGUCAAGAUAUUGAUGAGUGUGCUGAGGGAACCUAUCGCUGCACGGCUCCCGAGUCCAUCUGCUUCAACACACGAGGCAGCUACAAAUGUCCUCAAGUAACCUGUCCCCCGGGCUUUGUCAGGACCCCCAUGGGCUCUCGCAGAAACAGUGUGAGAUGUAAGCGGACUUCAUUCACCUGCCAGAGAGGAGAUGUAGAGUGUUUGACCGCUCCUAUCUCUCUCUCCUACAACUUUCUCUCAUUCCCAUCCAACAUAAAGAUCCCAACAGAUCUGUUUGCCAUGUCUGGGCCUCUGACGUCCCAGAAACAGUUUGCCUGGGAUCUGAAAGUCAUUGAUGCACGACCCCUAAAAUCUGGGGUCAUGGCCGUAAAUAGGGGAUACUUUGACCUCAAGGUUGAGAACUCUGCCCAAGCAGUGGUGUCCUUGAAUUAUCGGAUCCAGGGGCCCCAGGACGUGGAGCUGGAACUGACCAUGCAGAUUACAGACCUCAGGUCUCGCUACACAGGGACGGCGGUCUCCAAAAUAUUCCUGUAUGUGACGGGGGAUAGUGUGGUGUAGGCCGGGGGGUAGGUGUUGUUUAUGGGAUAUUUCUUCUAUGUGUGCUGGUAUCUGGUGUAUAUUGGUGUCUAGCAGAGGGUUCCACACUACGUAAAAGUAUCUGAUGUUUAGUUAUGAGAGAAAUUAUUGAGUGAUAUUGAAAUAAUAUUGUAUAAAGAAAUAAAAAAUUUGGUAUCUUUUAUAACAUCAAAAUACAGGCCUUUUCCCUGUCUCACUUUCUUAGUGCUUUUUAAAAAUACAUUGAGUCUGUUAUGUUAAGUGUUCAUUUAUAUGCAUGCAUUAAAGAUGUUGAUUUUUCAUAUAUAUAUUGCACAUGAACAUAAUGAUUUGUG